UUAGUGCUAAUUUUGAGAAGAAAAACACUGCAAUUAACCAAGAUCUGGGUACAGUGGCCACAUGGACGGACUGCUGGAUGGUGAACGCAGAUGAUAGUUUGGAGGUGAGCCAGAAAUGCCGCGGACUCUGGUGGGAAUGUGUCACAAGUACAGUAGAUGGGAUUCGAACAUGUGAUGAUUAUGAUUCAAUUCUGUCUGACCUUCCCUUGAAGUUGGUGAUGACACGGGCUCUGAUGAUCACUGCGGAUAUCUUGGCUGGGUUCGCCUUCAUCAUCCUUAUCCUUGGGCUGGACUGCACCAAAUUCCUCAAGGAUAAUCCAGCCAUUAAACUGAGAAUUUGUUUUAUGGCAGGAAUUACCUUGCUGAUAGGAGGAAUUCCAGGGAUGAUUGGUUCGGUUUGGUACGCUGUUGAUGUGUAUGUGGAGCGAACCACCUUGGUCAUUCAGAACAUCUUCCUGGGCAUCCAGUAUCAGUGGGGCUGGUCUUGUUGGCUGGGCAUGGCUGGAUCAAUGGGCUGCUUCCUCUCAGGGUCUGUCCUUGCCUGCUGCAUCUACCCUUUUAAAGACACUGGUUCCAGGAGGAAUCACUUCCUCUAUCAGCCUGGCAGGAGUGCCAUUGGAAAGAUGUAUGCCAUUGAUUCACGGGUGUAGAGAACAAAGAAGUUGGACAUCUCCCCAGCAGCUACAGGAUUCGUUGCCACACUUUCCAAACAACUGUUGUCAGAUUUUACAUUCCAAUGGAACAUUAUAUGCUUGAUACAAAUUGAAGCUCAACAAGAGGCCAUUCACCCUCAGACAUCUGUUCCAAUUCUUAUUCUCCACAUGAGCUGCCCCUCCCCCAUGCAAAUUCCAUCUCAAAUAAAGCAAAA